CACUUUUGAUGUACCAGACAUUAUUAAGAAAACAAAAAGAGCGACAAGGCAAAAAAAUGAAUAAGGAAAAAAUUAAUGACGAUAAGAAAAAAGAUAAAAUAGAGACAGAAUCUAAGAACAUGGAGGGCGAAUAUGCUAGGAAAACUGAGUAUCCUUCCUACGGACAAGAAGAAUUCGUUGAUAAAAGAAACUACGUGAACUAUGGCUAUGAUGCGAACUACAAUAACGUCUACACGGGAUACUCACCAAAAAUACCCGGGUACAAGAAGUUCGGUCAGGAAACGUAUGAGGAUCCCUAUUUCAGAUAUAACCACAACAAGUUUCAAGGCUACGAUGAUUACUACACGCUCAGAAUGAACAUGAGGAUGCACAAGGACUCAAAGAGAAAGCCUAAAAUGCGGGUGUGCAGCAAUUGUGUAACGACCACCACUCCGUCAUGGCGCAGAAGCACCGACGGCAAGAAGUUGUUGUGCAAUGCGUGCGGACUGUACCAGAAACUGCAUGGGAGACCGCGCCCUUACAGCACGACACCAGAGGGAAAAACUAAGGCAUUGAAGAGCGGGUUUGAUAAAAUCAAAUGCGGUAACUGCGGCACGACGGAAACUUCCUUCUGGAGACGAGGGAUCAACGGGCACCCGCUGUGUAACUCGUGCGGGCUGUAUUUUCGUGACAACACGUACAAGGAAAAGGAAAAAGAAAUGUCACACGAUGCAGCCUUUACAUCGUAUGCCGACGCGUACAAAGAUGGCAAUUUUAAGGAGAGGGAUAUGGUGAGGGAUCCGGCAUUUGCCCCAUACACCGAUGUGUACAAGGAUGAAGCUUAUAGAAACAGAGAAAUGACAAGAGAUGGUACAUAUGCCACGUAUCCAAACACAUACAAGGAGGACAGCUACAAAGACAAGGAAAUGAUGCGCAAUGACGCGUUUGUAUCCUAUACAGACGCUUACAAGGAUGGUGGCUACAAGGAGAAGGACGCUGCGUUUUCUGGCUACGCUGACGGCGGGUUCGAAGAAAAAUUUGACGAGGCUGCUUCUGAGAAAUACAAUGAAGGAUACGCAGACAGCCACGCACCAGACAACUUUUCUUUUGCCAAGUACAAGAAUAAGUUUCCAGAAGAUAAAAGACAUGCAGAGAUUUCAGAAACAUCUCCGUACAUGAAAAAGGUUGAUCCGUCCCAUGAUUAUCGUUACGAUCAGAAGUAUCAGAAAGCUGAUUACUACAAGAACUAUGAUGGCCAGUACCAAUAUGCACAAUACGAAGCGGAUAACAACAACUUUGCAGCAUAUGACAGCGAGGAUAACUACGGAUAUAGAGAAUAUAAAAGAGGAGAAGAAGAAGAACGAGGCGAGAGCUUAGGUGUGGUAAAUAAGUACAAUGAAACACACAAAAGAGAUGAUUAAAUUUGUUCUGUAAAUUUAGCGGUUUAUCUGUCAGCUAAUGGACCCAGAUAAAUAAAUCUUCUG